CAGGGAUUCACCAGAGAUCUUUCAUCAUAAAACCAUCACGAGAGCCACAUCUUAACUUGAAUCACUCUCUCCAAUCAUCCUGCACUGUGUUAUUUCUUCACCCUGACUGGCUCUAUUGCCAAACGGACUUCUUUGCGGCGCUUAACAGGAGAAAGCCUUAAGCAGCUUGCCAGCUCAGCUGCGCUUAACUGUACAGCUCAUCUCUGCUGCAUCGUUCCUUUGAAUCCAAUCAACCCCAGACACCGAACAUGUCCGCGUCCGACAUCACCGCCAGAGACCCAAGCGCUGCCCCGGACUUCGCACCGUCCGCCUCUGAAGCUCCAGAACGCGCCUCUAUCAGCGCUUCUAAUAAUAGCCAGAACAGCGGAGCCCCCAUCCAGAUAGCCAAUUCUACUGCAGCGACAGCUGCCACAUCCACUUCUGCUAUCGCUACCGAAUCCAAGCUCGAGGUCGGAACACCUGCCGUUACACACCAUGCCACUGUGCCCGCUGAAGCUAGCAGCAGCAACAGCUCCCCUUCCAACGGUGCUACCAGCGGGAACUGCACUUGCAAGGUGCCGCAUUUGAACUCACGGAAACGCGAUUCAAAGAAGAAAAAGAGAAAAGUCACUCAUAAAUUGAGUCGGAUCGUAUCAGAAUCGUCGGAUACCGAUGACAGCUCCUCUAUUUCCUCGCUAUCUACACUCAUCAGCACCAAUGGCGAUGCUUCCGAGUUUGACCCCACAGAGCCCUCCUUUUCGGAGUCGGAGUCGGAUGGCGACAGUGAUGCUGUCAAUGGGAGUAAGGCGACAAAGAGGAAUCAAAAGACUAAAGCGAAAUUGAAAAAGACCUUGAAAAAGACCUUGAAAAAGAAGAAGAGCCUCGAUUCUCACAGGGUGGUAACUGAUUCAAAUUCAGAUACCUCUGCUGAAUAUGAAUCCGACAGUCCCAUCGACGAAAAGAAGCUGGAGAGGGUUCUAACCAAGGUUCUUGCCAGACAUACUGCCACUAUCGCGCCUAAAGAGGCAACCAAUGAGAACCUUCAGCAACAGGCUGAUAUCCUGGCACGUUUGCUGGCUAUAGCCAGUGUAACUGGAACGGGAAAUGCCGACGCAGUGAAUGGGAAUCCAGGCUCCAAAAAACCCAAUGCGCACCACGCGAGUCCUACUAAUGGCCAAGCGACUGACAACGGGUUUGAUCUCCCUGAGUUGAAGUCCAAAGAAAAGAAGAAGACGAAGAAGGCGACUAAAGUGGAAUUUAAACGGGUAGAUCAACUAUGGGAUAACAAUAUCCACAAGUACAGGCUUACAGAGACCAUUGAUGAUCCUAGCACGGAUGAAUGGGAUCAAUACAUCUUUACCGUCCGCCGUAGGUUCGACUGGCAAAACAAGUACGUGGAGACAAUGGUGAACAUAAAGAGCAAAUACCUUCGCAAUGCGCUGGCCACGAUUAUGGAUGGCGUCAAGGGAAUUAGUCUGGUGCAAGAAACCGCCAUUGUCGAUCCGAACAUGCUUUUCCUAUACCUGGAGGAGAUCCAUCAGUGUUUGAAGGAUCUGAAGAAUCUAUCCAAGACCGAAACCAAAAAGAAGGCUCGUAAGGUCGCUCGUACGAAAGCUGCUCACCUCAAGGUUCUUGUCAAAUACUUGGAUACGGAUUAUGCGGAGACUAAAGAUACUCUCUAUCCAUUGCUGAAAGCCAAUAUGAUCACGUUCGACCUUCUCUGGGCUUUAUUCAAGCCUAACACCAUCGCGUAUGCCCCUACGUACGGCGUCUCGGAUGAACCGCGCGCCUUCAAGAUCGAAUAUGUCACCAAAGUGUCGAAUAUCAUGAAGGGCCACUCGUACAACGUCGAAGGUCGCUGCUUGGAUUAUGAUGGCAAGUCAUUCGGUAUGGGAACAAUAUUUACAGAACUGCCGGCGUUCAAGGGCGUUCGCAAGAUUACUAGUCUUGCGUGUUACCCCCUCCAGUACCAUCGUGAGGCGGACAAGUUGAAAGAAGCCCUCAUCGAACGGGGUAAGAAAUACGUGUCACUGAAGGGCAUGAACUAUCGGUUUCACCAGGGCAUGGCCUUCUACCAGAAAAAGCAGGCCAUAAUCAAAGUCAACGUCAAUGGCCGUGUGAUGGUCGAUCCGGCCAUCCACCAUCGUAUGAAUCCAAACUACCAUGAAUCCGAGUUUACCAGACGCCCAAAAUACAAAACUAUCGUGGACAAGGGCGGCAGAGCUCAUUUUGUAAAGAUAGACGAUGAUGGAAACCCUAUUGUGGAGAAGGGAAAGGCAACCUCAGUUGACGAGGAGGAGUUGCAGGCCGCGACAGAACCAUCAGAACGGACCUUCACCGAGGAGGAGCUGCUCAUCGCCAGCCCUGUUGUCCUGGGCUUUGCCUUCAGCGAGAAGCUCUGGUUGGAAUUCACCGUCUCUGGCAUCAGGGAGAUCGAAUGGAACGACUCUGCCUUCGACUCGCUCGUUCUCCCUGACAACCAAAAAUCUAUCGUCAAAGCCCUCGUCGAGUCUCACACUUUCAACCCGGCACAGAACGUCGACGACGUGAUCCAAGGAAAGGGUCGGGGUCUUGUCGCUGUUCUACAUGGACCGCCGGGAACCGGCAAGACACUCACAGCGGAGAGCAUCGCAGAGCUCCUCCGACGGCCCCUGUAUAUGGUCAGCGCGGGGGAACUGGGGAUCGAUUCGCGCACGUUGGAAUUCGAACUUAACAAGAUCCUAGACAUUGCACACUCGUGGGGCGCGCUCCUCCUGCUUGACGAAGCUGACGUCUUCCUCGAGAAGCGCAGCAUCCACGAUAUCAACCGCAACGCCCUCGUCAGCGUCUUCCUGCGUCUCCUGGAAUACUUCCAGGGUAUCAUCUUCCUAACCACGAACCGCGUCGAGACCUUUGACGACGCCUUCCAGUCCCGCAUCCAUGUUGCCCUGCGCUACGGCGACCUCGGCAUUAAAGCCAAGCGGAGCGUGUGGAAGAUGUUCCUCGAGCGAGUCCAGGCGCUGGAAGGACUAGAGACACUGAGAUUCACAGAGAAGGACUUUGAGUCAUUGGCUCGUCAUAAUCUGAACGGUCGUCAGAUCAAGAAUUCCGUCCGCGCCGCCCAAGCCCUCGCCAUAAAUGAAAAGAAACCACUGUCAAUGGAACAGAUCAAGCGCGUCCUAGAGGUUGCCGAGACUUUCGACCGAGAUCUUCGCGGUGGUACCGGCUACCUCGACGCUAUGAGAAGCUAUACUUGAGACUUAGCAAUGAGAGUUAAAAUUCAGUCCAUGGAAAUUGAAACGGGAAUCUACGGCGUGGAUAUUUUUUGUGAUUUUGAUGGGCUGGUUUAUUUUCGCUUUUUCGCUUUUCACUUCUUUUCUUCUUUCAAUGAAAGGUUGGCUUCCAUUUCGGGAUGGCUUUUGAUUGAUACGUUAUGGACGAUCGCGUGUGCUUUGUAGGUAGGCGAGAACGAUGAUAACGACGUCCUUUUACCCUAGCAGCUCUUGCAUUAAGUGCUUACUGCUACUGCUCGCUAGGCUCGGAAUAUAGGUCUAGGCUGGCUACUGAUAUUAUGU